AACAAAUGCACUUAUGAAGUCCACCCGAAGCAACGGUUGACCCAAGUCAACCGUUGAUUGCUUAGAAAUAGGGUAAUAAUCCAUAUAGUUGGUCUUAGAUAAUCUGGGGAGUGUGAGAAGCCUUUCCAGACCACAGAUAUGGAUAUUUCCCUAAGAAUAGUUAUCCCAUCCUUACUGUUGUUCGUGCUUUUCAUCGUAGACCUUGGAGAAGGCCACAAUAGUUGUCCCGAAUUACAGUGUGGAAACGGUCCACCCAUCCGAUUUCCUUUCCGACUCAAAGACAGGCAGCCAGACCAGCACUGUGGCUAUCCUGGCUUUGAUCUCUACUGCUCUCAUAGUAAUGAUACGGUGCUUGAGCUGCCUACUUCAGUAAAAGCCUUUGUUAAAAACAUUGAUUACAAAUCUCAGUUAAUUGAAGUAACUGACUCAGAUAAUUGCUUUCCACGGAAAAUUCUGAGACUCAAUUUAUCUUCCUCUCCUUUCCAAUUCAAAAAUUCUCUUUAUAACUUUUCCCUUUUCAGUUGUAAGCCAGAUACAGAAUCUUCAUAUCAGGUCCCUUGUCUUAAUAGCGCUUCAACCUCAGUUCUUGCUUUUACUUCGGAUGAUGACAUUGACGACUUGCCCGUAUUAUCGUGUACAAAGAUGUACACCGUUUCAUCAGUUCCAUAUGAUAUAUGGAGUUAUUCUUCUCUUGAAUUGACAUGGUCCGGACCGAAGUGCGGACACUGUGAAGGGAAAGGCAAGAUAUGUAGAUUCGAGAAUAAUAGCACUGAUUUGAAAACAGAGUGCUUCGACCCCGACAAAGACAAAGGUAGAUCAAGAAAAAUAAUGACCACUGUUUCCAUCUUGGGAUCAUUUCUUUUGACACUAGUAGUCUAUGCACUCUAUCGUGUCUAUAGCUAUGACAAAACAGAAAAAGAAAAUCAAGCUAGGAUUGAAAUUUUUUUGGAGGAUUACAAAGCUCUCAAGCCCACAAGGUACUCAUACAACGAUGUUAAAAGAAUCACAAAUCAAUUUACUGAGAAAUUAGGACAAGGAGCCUAUGGAACAGUGUUCAAAGGAAAGUUUUCGAAUGAAAUCCAUGUAGCUGUGAAGAUUUUGAACAGUUCCAAGGGAAAUGGGGAAGAAUUUAUAAAUGAAGUGGGAACAAUGGGUAGAAUCCACCAUGUUAAUGUGGUUCGCUUGGUUGGCUUUUGUGCUGAUGGAUUUAGAAGAGCUCUAGUUUAUGAGUUCUUACCAAAUGAUUCACUAGAGAAGUUCAUUUCCUCAGUAGAUUCUAACCGUUUCCUUGGUUGGGAAAAGUUACAAGACAUUGCUCUUGGCAUAGCAAAAGGAAUUGAAUAUCUUCACCAAGGAUGUGAUCAACGAAUCCUCCAUUUUGAUAUUAAACCUCAUAAUAUUUUGCUAGACCAAAAUUUCAUUCCAAAAAUUUCUGAUUUUGGUUUGGCCAAGUUGUGUGCUAAGGAUCAAAGUGCAGUGUCCAUGACCACAGCUAGGGGGACCAUGGGUUACAUUGCACCCGAAGUGUUCUCUAGGAACUUUGGGAGUGUGUCUUACAAAUCAGAUAUUUACAGUUUUGGAAUAUUGUUGCUUGAAAUGGUUGGAGGUAGGAAAAAUGUUGAUGUAACUGUGGAGAACACUAGCCAAAUAUAUUUCCCAGAAUGGAUCUACAAUUUGUUAGAGCAAAAAGAAGACCUACGAGUCUAUGUUGAGGAUAAUGAAGAUGCUAAAAUUGCAAAGAAUCUUGCAAUUGUGGGACUUUGGUGCAUCCAGUGGCACCCAGUGGAUCGUCCUUCUAUGAAAGUUGUGGUCCAAAUGUUGGAGGGAGAAGGAGAUAAGUUAACCAUGCCCCCUAAUCCAUUUGCGUCUACAAACCCCACAAGAAUCAAUGUAAGUAUGCCUGCAAGUCAUCUAAACCAAGAGUUAGAAGUCAUCCUAGAAUCAGAGUAAGUAUAUAAAGUAGGAGUCCUUGACAAUCAUAAAAGUUGCAAUCAUGUUGUACUCAAGGAUUGAAAUUUCUUAUCAUGUGGUCAAUGUAGGGACUUCAAAUUUUUUUUAUAUGAAGUACCAGGAAGAUAAUGCUCAUAAAAAUCUCUUCAUUUCUUGUUGA